CUAGAGUUAGACAAAACUCCAACAAUGCAUUCUUCAAGAAUCCUAAGCACAACACUUUACAGGAGAACCUCCAACUUCCUCUCCUCACUAUCUGGCUAUUCUCACAGUGACAGUCACCACACUCCAUCACUGCACCGCUCGAUCUUCUCCACGUCGCAGCUGGACAACUCAUGGGUGAACAAGAUCAAGGGCGUCUUCACCGGCAACAAGACCUCCUCAGAUGAACCCAAGCUCAGCAGCUCCGACUCAUUCACUUUGCUCAGAUUUGCGGAUGAGAUGAAGACUGCUAGGAGAGUCGGUGCAUUCAAGCAAUACAUUGUUGGCAGAAGCAGUGAAGUGACUUUUGCGGAUGCAUUUGAGAAGCAGGAGUCGAUAAUACGGUAUCUUGGAGGAUUCGAUUCUACUGGAGAGAAUCUCCAAGUUUCUCAAAAACAAGAAGCAGCAAAGCAUUGUAAAUGCACAAUAUCUGAUGUUGAGAAUGCACUUGCAAAGUUCACCUGGGCCAGAGAAGCACACUUCAAGAUGGAAAAGUUGAAAGCAGAAGGGAAACCAAUUCCAACAAACAUCGCCGAGGUGCAAAAGUUGAUGGGUUCAACCCCAUUUGACGUUGCUCAGUCUAAUUUGGCUAAGAGUGGGCAAAUUAGUAGGAAUGCGCUUUGUCCGUGUGGUUCCAAGAAGAGAUACAAGCGGUGCUGUGGAAAGGAUAAGUGAUCCCAGAAGAGGAGAUGAGGAAAAUCUUACUGCAGUCCAGAGACUCCUCAAGCUCAAAGUAAGCAUUUUCAGUUUUUGGAGCCUUUGAUUUGUUUCCUUUUAAUUUUCCAUUUUAGCAAGUUAGCUGCCCUUUUGAUGAUCCUACUCUACUUGCUGAGACCAAAUGUAUCAAUAUUGUUUUACACAAUAAAUUUCUGUGAAAUUGAGGUUGCAGAAGUUUUGAUUAU